CAUGCGAACUCACUGAAUGAUUCAAUCAAUCGUUUCUUUAUAGAAUGAUUUGCUAUCACAUUAACUUCAGCCAGCAAGCUCAGUAUUAGUUUGCCAACUCUAGCCUGUGGUGUUGCUGUUAUUGUUGUUGUAGUAAGCUGCUUUGGCAAACUGCCCAUAUUCAUAUUUUCGUGUAUCUGAAACUCCAAACUGAAAGUCUGAUAUGGAGGAGACUGCAACAACGGAGGAAGCCGAGGAGUUAAAAACCUCUAGCGAGGGCAUCGCCUUUCUGUCCAGCAUAGGGGCCACGGAGAUGCAGCAGUGUGUGUUUGAAGACUCUCUGGUGACAGUGUCCGAGGGGGGCAGAGAGCUGGGAGAGUUUAAGGUGACUGUGGAGAGGAGCAGCUGCAGGGAGCAGCCUUGUCUGCUGCUGCACGCACACAGCCAUGGAGCUAUUGACAACACUCCCUGUGGUACAGCCAUCACUGCCUACCUUUCUUUGAACCUGGAGACCCUGGAGCAGAACCACCACGAGUACGUCAAGCUUCAGGACCACCGAUUGGACAGGAAGUGUCACAUGGUCCAGCGUGAUGGACAGCUGGUGGUGAACAAAAUCACCACUGUGGGAGAGGAGGUGAGGAGGCAAACCGUGUCUUACCCUCUGUCCUCUGUGAAGGGGUUAGUGUGCGAGGGCUCUAACCUGCUGCUGCUGAGGGUUUUCGCUCUGAGGAAGAACAUCCCGGAAAACAUGACCUUCCUCUCCUUCGACCAGGAUGCACACAUCUCCACCUCCACAUACAGGGAGCUGGGGUGCAGGCAGCAGACUGUGGGAGAGGAGGUGGUGGAGGUGUUUGGGGUGGAGAGGACGGUCGACUCGGUGGAGGACAUCCCAGCCACGUGGCACUGCUACUUCCUGCCUGACGGGCAUCUGGCUAGCCGAGUGCAGGUGGGCUCUCCUGUGACCAUGAGGCUCUUGCUGCUCCCGCUCCAAACACACACAGAGGUGAGGGAUGUUAAGCCCGUGUUUGAGAAGAGGCCUCUGGUCUGGGAGGAGGACAUGCAGAUGCACUCCAUGUUCCUUGACAGAAAGGAGGAGUUGAAGGCGGAGCAUGCCUCGUACCUGCGGCAACACCCGGAGCUCCGCACCAUGAUGGCCGACUUCCUGCAGUUUUUGUUACUACGGAAACCGAGCGACGUCUUUGUGUUUGCCCGCGAGUACUUCUCCCCAUUCGCCUCCCUCCGAUCCCCGGGGAGCACCUUCAACACCUCCUCACCCUGAGGACGCACACUGGGGCUGCGUCUCAAUAGUCUAAAAUAGCUUCCUCUCCUCGUUUGCUCUCCUUCAGCUGCACUGAUCUGAGACACAUAUGGGAUAGGUGAAAGCACUGUGAUGUAGGCUUGCCGUGCCUACUAGAGAUUUGCAUUCACCUGCCCUAUUAUUUUAUGUCAAUACAGAUGGAGGAAAGGGAAUGAAGAGAAGAAGCCUCUUUUUGGGAUGCAGCCCAGUUCUCUUUAAUGUGUUCUUUCUUUCAUCUCUUGAAGGACAACUGAACUAUUAGUGGUUUGGGCAAUAAGGCAGAGCAGUGGUUAUGAAGGAAAUGAGAUGAGGAAAGGGAACACUUGUAGAUUAUUGGUACAUAGAUAAGGAAUUCUAGGAGCUCAUUUUCAGCUGUGUGUGUUGUCAUUUUAAGUUUCAAUAAAGUGUGAUGUUUU